CAAGGCAACCGGAACAAGUUAGUGCCGUUUACACACUCGCACAAUAAGCGCUCAACGAGAUGGGCUCCAUCGGCGCCGCCGCCGGCGGCGGCAAGCCGCACGCUGUGCUGGUGCCAUUCGCGGCGCAGGGCCACGUCACGCCGAUGCUGAAGCUGGGCAAGAUCCUCCACUGCUGGGGCUUCGACGUCACCUUCGUGAACACGGAGUACAACCACCGCCGCCUCCUCCGCUCCCGCGGCGCCUGCGCGCUCGACGGCCUCCCGGGCUUCCGCUUCGCCGCCAUCCCGGACGGCGGCACGCCGUCCGACGCGGACGUCACCCAGGACGUGCCCUCGCUCUGCCGCUCCACGGCGGAGACCUGCCUCCCGCACUUGAGGGCCCUGCUCGCCGACCUCAACGCCUCCCCGGAUGCGCCGCCGGUCACCUGCGUCGUCGGCGACGGCGUCAUGAGCUUCACCCUGGAGGCCGCCAGGGAGAUCGGCGUGCCGUGCGCGCUGCUCUGGACGUCCAGCACCUGCGGCUACAUGGGCUACCGCUACUACCGCACCCUCAUCGAAGAGGGCGUCUUCCCUCUCAAAGAGGAGCAGCUGACGAAUGGGUUCUUGGACACGCCGGUGGACAGCGUGCCCGGGUUGAGCAAGCACACCCGGUUCAAGGACCUCCCAAGCUUCAUCCGCUCGACGGACCCCAACGAGUUCAUGGUCCACUUCGCCCUCAAGGUGACGGAGCAGAUAGCCGGCGCGGACGCUCUGCUCCUCAACACCUUCGACGAGCUCGAGCAUGAGGCGGUCGACGGCAUGCGCGACAUGAUCCCGCCCUCCGCGUCCGUCCACGCCGUCGGCCCGCUCGCCUUUCUCGCCGAGCAGAUCGUGCCCCAGGGUGGCCAGCUCGACGCGCUGGGCUCCAACCUCUGGAAGGAGGACGUCUCCUGCCUCGCCUGGCUGGAGGGCCGGAGGCCCGGGUCCGUGGUGUUCGUCAACUACGGCAGCGUCACGGUGAUGACGAACGCGGAGCUGAUGGAGUUCGCGUGGGGGCUGGCCAACAGCGGCCACGACUUCGUGUGGGUCAUCCGGCCGGACCUCGUGAGCGGCGAUGCCGCCGUGCUGCCGCCGGAGUUCCUGGAAGCGGUCGAGGGGCGCGGCCUGCUGGCGGGCUGGUGCCCGCAGGACGCGGUGCUGCGGCACGAGGCGGUGGGCGUGUUCCUGACGCACUCCGGGUGGAACUCGACGCUGGAGAGCCUGUGCGCCGGGGUGCCGAUGCUGUGCUGGCCCUUCUUCGCGGAGCAGCAGACCAACUGCCGGUACAAGUGCGGGGUGUGGGGCGUGGCCAUGGAGAUCGGCCACGACGUGCGGCGGGAGGCCGUGGAGGGUAACAUACGGGAGAUGAUGGGCGGGGAGAAAGGGAAGGAGAUGCGGCGCCGCGCGGCGGAGUGGCGGGAGGCCGCCGUGCGCGCGACGCGGCCCGGCGGGGGCUCGUACGCCAGCCUCGAGAAGCUGGUGAACGACGUGCUCCUCUCGGGUGGCAAGAGCUCUUGAAUGCGACCUACAAUUAGGAUUGCGUGUAUGCUGUGUCCUCAUGCUGAUAUUGUUGUACUUUUCAGGGUCCGUACUGAAAAAAGCUAAGAUGGAGGCUAGUUGAUAAAUACGUAUGUACGGUACGGACGUAGCUGGGUGGACUGGACCCAUACAUAGUAGCUAUUGAUUCACGCUGGAUCAAAAACACAAGCACCAAAACUGCAUGAACAGUUGACGAUCCAUUAAUCUAAAAUCUUUAUCUGUUUA